AUGGCUGAAACUUCCAGUGAAAAAUUAUCAAAGAAUGAAUUGAAACGGCGGCUCAAAGCCGAACAAAAAUUAAAGGAAAAAGCUGAAAAAUCCGCACAGGUAACCCCUGUAGUUGCAGACAAGAAGGCAUCUAAAGCUGUUGAAGAGGAAAUAAGUCCAAAUGAGUAUUAUAAACUACGAAGUGCUGCUGUGGCGGCUCUUAAACAGGGCCCCAAGGAAGACCACCCAUAUCCUCAUAAAUUCAAUGUUACAAUUUCACUGGAAAACUUUAUUGAAAAGUACAAUAAUUUAAACAGUGGUGAAGUUCUAGAUGGUGUAACACUAUCUGUAGCGGGUAGGGUCCAUUCGAUUAGAGAGUCAGGAGCCAAACUUAUAUUUUAUGACCUGAGAGGUGAAGGUGUCAAGAUUCAGGUGAUGGCUAAUGCUAAAUUGUAUGAAUCUGAAGACAAAUUUGUUGCUGACACUGAUAAACUACGAAGAGGUGAUAUUAUUGGCUGUAUUGGACACCCAGGCAAGACAAAGAAGGGUGAAUUGUCCAUAGUACCAAAAACCAUCAAGUUAUUAUCUCCUUGUUUGCAUAUGUUACCACAUCUUCACUUUGGCCUUAAAGACAAAGAGACCAGAUUCAGAAAGAGAUAUUUAGAUUUAAUUUUGAAUGAUAGAGUAAGACAAAUUUUCCACACUAGAGCUAAAAUAAUUUCUUAUGUCAGAAGAUUUUUAGACAACAUGGGUUUCUUGGAGAUUGAAACGCCGAUGAUGAACAUGAUUCCUGGGGGAGCUACAGCCAAACCAUUCAUCACCCACCAUAAUGAUCUGAAUAUGGAUUUGUACAUGAGAAUAGCACCAGAAUUGUAUCAUAAGAUGUUAGUAGUAGGGGGAUUAGAUCGUGUCUAUGAAAUUGGAAGGCAGUUCCGGAAUGAGGGUAUUGAUUUAACCCAUAACCCUGAAUUCACUACUUGUGAGUUUUAUAUGGCAUAUGCAGAUUACAAUGAUGUCAUUAAUAUCACUGAGACUAUGUUGGCUGGUAUGGUGAAGAGUAUUCAUGGUACUUAUAAGGUUAAAUAUCAACCAGAUGGGCCUGAUGGUGAGGAAGUAGAAAUUGACUUUACACCUCCAUUUGCAAGGUUGCCUAUGAUUCCAAGCUUAGAAAAGGCAUUAAAUGUGCAACUACCUCCAGCUGACAAGCUAGAUACUGCUGAAGCUAAUCAACUGUUAAGUCAGUUGUGUGAGAAACAUGAAAUUGAGUGUCCACCACCAAGAACUACAGCAAGGCUUCUAGAUAAGUUAGUUGGAGAAUUUCUUGAGGAGAAAUGUAUAAAUCCCACAUUCAUAUUGGAUCACCCUCAGAUAAUGAGUCCUUUGUCUAAAUAUCAUAGAGAUGUUCCUGGAUUGACCGAAAGGUUUGAACUAUUUGUUAUGAAGAAAGAAGUUGUCAAUGCUUAUACAGAGUUAAAUGAUCCAGCUACCCAAAGAGAAAGGUUUGAGCAACAAGCUAAAGAUCGUGCCGCAGGUGAUGAUGAAGCACCACCGACAGAUGAAGCAUUCUGCACCGCUCUCGAGUAUGGUCUGCCACCUACUGGUGGAUGGGGAAUGGGUAUUGAUAGGCUGACUAUGUUCCUCACUAAUAACAAUAACAUCAAGGAGGUGCUGUUAUUCCCUGCAAUGAAACCAGAUGACCCCAACAAACCUAAUGUUGAUUCCGAAAAUGCUGCAGAAGAACCAAUGCAAAAUGGAGCAUAA